UCAACAGUGUGGUAUGCAAUACUGACUGUACUACCAACACAAAUAUGCAUUAACAACAAUUCUCAUCCUGACAUGGAUACAGAUCAAGAACAACCGGACACAAAUCAGAUAAAGAUGCCACAAGCAAUCAUCCUUCCUUAAUAGUUGAUUCUGAAGAAGAUGUGGAAGACGAAGGAGGAGUACCUGUUGCUUUCUUGGGUCCAGAUAACAAUAGCUGGACCGACCAAAAUCUCAGCCUUAAGACAAUACUUCAACAUUAUGCUGUAUACACAGACACGAAACUGAGUCACAUGACCUAUUUACUCGGGCUGUUAAUCUUUCACAAACCUUUACCGGACUAUGACUGUUUGCCGAGUACUGGAGAACAACUGCUGCAUAUAGACGGGAGGGAUUUUGUCGGUUUAUCAUCGGACAUGGAAGCUACUUUGGAUGAAGAAAACAAUGUCCAGGAAGAAACCUCGACGGAUAAUCAGCCCUUAAGACGAAAAAAAAAACCCACUGCCGGCCACAGUUGAUUUGCAUGACGGCUACGGAAAUGUCGUGAAGUACAUGCAUUUUGGGCUUGAAUCAGCUCUUAAAGGAGAUUCACCCGGUCUAUAUUUCAAGCACUCCAACCUUCUUCAAUAUGCAUCGAUUUAUGCGACUAAACCGGAGCUUUUACCAGAUAGUAUCAGGAAGAAGAUUGAGACUUUUGACAGUGACCUUCAAAUUAGAAAGGCAAAAGAGUCACUACUACGGUCAGCCGAAAAUAUCGUUCCAGAAGUGCUGAAUGAAGCAAACAUACGCGCAAUCCCUCACUUUACAAUCGAUUUCAGCUUGGAUGGUGUACAGAUUUUCCACAAUUCAGAACAGUCUGAAUGUAUACCAAUAAUGGUUGCAGUUCACGCAAUAAGUGAGUCACCUUCUGCCUAUUCUACUACUUUGAAAACUCGGUAUCCUAUAAUUGUUGGUAUUGCUCAUGGCAAGACAAAGCCAACUGCGAAAUCACUCGUACAUCAUCUGUUUAAUGAGCUCAGCCGACUAUGCCCUGACAACCGCAAUCCUAAGGAAACAGCUGGUCGUGAAUUUACAGUAUCGCUAAGAUGUGCCGUAGCUGACUGGAUUUUUCGAGCGUUUUUAAAACCUAUAAAAGGCCCUACUGGAUUUUGGUGUUGCGAGCGAUGCAUCCAGCGCGGGGUAUGUUGCGCUUUACCCCGGCCCAAAAAUUCCCCAAAAAAAGAGUCAAAAACCGUGCAACUGAGAGAUCUGAAUGCUCCACGACGUCUGAAUGAAGAUUUCUUAAAGUAUGUAAAAAGUGACGAUUGUUCAGAUGAACAUCUUCUAGGUCUGAACGAUCUGUCUCCUUUUAUUGACAUAAAUUUUCCUGUGGUUUCCGGAUUCAGCAUAGAUGCCAUGCACACAAUGUAUGCCGGGUGCCUUAGGCGAAGGUUAAUUGGAAUUGUUUCACUAACAACAGAAGGAAAAUUGAAUAGUACUAGUUUAGCUGCUGUUAAUACCAGAUUGAAGCUUUUCGAAAAAUGCAAACCAUCCGAAUUCGAGAGACAUGUUCGCUCUCUGUCUAAUUGUAUUGAGAAAUAUAAAAUGCAUGAGCUUCGGGAUUUUCUAAUGUACAACCUUUUCCCUGUUUUUUCUGGAAUCCUUCAAGGUAACCAGUUAGAAAACAUAAUGCUAUUGCAGUAUGGCAUGUUGUUGUUGGGUGGGUUUGAUCCAAAGCCAGUUCCAACCGCAGAUAUUUUGGAAGCUACGCGCGUUUUUUAA